AUGGCGUUACUGCAUCGUAUGUCGGGAGAGUGUAUCAAGUCCGAGUUGGACUUAUUUACGGUCCCUCUGACGCAGACCAUCAUCGAGAAAAACAGUUAUUUAGAACUGGCUCCAUUAUCGGCCCUUUCGGACUCUGCCCCGAUAGAGUUUUUUAUCGCGGGGACCGGCGAUGAUUAUGUAGACCUCAAUAACACCAUGCUCUAUCUACGGGUGAAAAUCACAAGACCCGAUGGCACGGAGAUCGCACACCCUUCGAAAGUUGGCCCUAUCAAUUACCUCGGAGCUACUAUGUUUUCGCAAGUAGACAUCACCCUCGGCGACAGGCUCAUUUCGCAAAGUUCAAACACCUAUCCUUAUAGAUGUUUGAUUGAGAGCCUUCUCAACUACGGUAAAGAUACGCUACAAUCCCUGUUCUCUACAUCAUUGUUUCAGUUGGAUACUGCCGGGGAAAUGGACGACAGCGACCCAGCCGGUGAGAACGAAGGAUUGCUUAAGAGGUCGACCUAUACCAGACGGAGCAGGGAGGUGGAACUGUUCACACCCAUACACGGCGAUAUAUUCUUUCAGGAAAAACUUUUAUUGAACUCGAUCGAUUUAAAGCUACGAUUUAUACGGGCAAAAGAUGAAUUCUGUCUGAUGAGGAGCGACGAUGUGGCUUACAAAUUAAAUAUAUUGGCGGCAUCCCUUUUUGUCAAGAAGGUGACCGUUUCACCUCCGGUGAGACUGGCUCACGCGCAAACGUUACUGUCGACAACGGCCAAGUACGCCAUCGACAGGGUCUGUCUAAAAACAUUCUCAAUCCCAACGGGGUCACGCGUUUUGAAUCAGGAAAAUCUGUUUUUAGGAACUUUACCCAAGUCUAUCAUCAUCGGCAUGGUCGACAACGACGCAUUCACAGGAUCCUACGCAAAAAAUCCGUUUUCCUUCAAACAUUUCAAUUUAGAAUUCUUAGCGGUCUACGUCGACUCUCACCAAUUCCCCGCCAAACCUUUCCAGCCUAAUUUCGAAUCCGGUCUGGCGGCUCGUGAAUAUUAUCAGUUGGUGAUGGCGACCGGGAGACAUCUAAAAGACAGAGCGCUCGCUAUCAACAUUGAUGAUUUCAUCGACGGAUAUACGCUUUUUGCUUUUAACCUCACCCCGGAUGAAGACUGUGGGCAGCACAUUUCACUCAUCAAGUCCGGCAAUAUCAGAGUCGAAGCUCGUUUCAGAGAACCUCUCCCCAAUACCGUUAAUUUAAUAAUUUACGCCGUUUUUGAUUCCCUCAUUGAAGUGUCUAACCGGAGACAGGUGUUGAUCGAUUACUACUGA